AUGGUAGGAACGAUCUACGCAAUGAUGGAAACCCAUUUUAUGGCAAAGACGACGCAGGCUGAACCACCAAAAGCGGAUAUCUUCAAGAAGCAUAGAUACGCACGAAGAUCAGCUCACGAAUACGAUGCAAAAGCCAAGCUACUCAAGUUCCAAGUUUAUGACAACUUCGAUAACGCAACCAAGGUGAAGGAUGAACUGUGGGAUCUGUUACGAAAAGAGAAGAUCUUGGAGAAGUGGGAUGUUCAGGGGGUAUUUCUCAUGGCCAGCAUGGGAGAGGUUUUCGAUUGUUUGGACGACGAACGAUUGCUCAAGGUUUUCAUCAUGCCGACUUUGGAGGAGUUUCUCGAUCGUCUCUUUCCCUUCACCGCGAGUGUUUCAUCCAAAGAGACAACUAUCGGGCAAAACCUCAACUUCCUCAACCGAAGUGAUUAG